CAAGCCCGCAUAAAUCUAACCGGAGCGCCACUGCCAUACCCAAUUCUUUGAGCUUCUCCAUACUUCUAAUUAUCUCCCUCCUAUCUAUGACAACUCAACCAGUCUCUUCUUCUUCUUCUUCUUCUUCUUCAUAUGAUGUGUUUUUGAGUUUUAGAGGUGAUACACGCUUCAAUUUUACAGAUCAUUUGUACAAGGCGUUGCGUGAUAAGGGCAUCUACACCUUCAUUGAUGGAGAGCUUGUAAGAGGAGAAGAAAUAUCGCCAGCCCUUGUCAAAGCAAUUGAAGAAUCAAGAAUUUCUCUCAUUGUAUUCUCUGAAAACUAUGCAUCUUCGAGGUGGUGUUUGGAUGAACUUGUCAAGAUCCUUCAAUGUAAACAAUCAAAGCAACAAAUAGUUUUGCCCAUUUUUUACAAGGUGGAUCCGUCGGAUGUGCGAAAACAAACAAGUAAAUUUGGUGACGCAUUUGAAGGCCUUAUUAAAAGGAAAUUCAAGAAUGACAAGGAGAAAGUGCUCAUAUGGAGGGAAGCUCUUACAAAAGUAGCAAAUUUGUCCGGACAUACUUUCAAGGAUGGAGAGUAUGAAACUACAUUUAUCAACAACAUCGUUGAUGGAAUCUUAAGCCAAGUACUGAGCUGCACAUAUUGGAAUGUGGCCAAGUACCCAGUUGGAAUUCAAUCUCGUGUACAAGAUGUGGAAAGGCAUUUAGAUGUUGGUGGGAAAGAUCGUCGCAUGGUUGGGAUAUGGGGGACAUCUGGAAUAGGCAAGACAACAAUUGCAAAAGCUAUAUGGAAUGCAAUUGCACAUAAAUUUGAAGGAAGUUGUUUCUUGUCAAAUGUUAGAGAAAAUUCAAUGUCAGAUGGGGACUUAAUCAAGCUACAGGAGGCUCUUCUUCAUAAAAUUCUUGGCGGGGAAUGGAAAAUUCAUAGUGUUGAUGAAGGAAUUGGUGUCAUAAAAGAACGGUUGAGCCAUAAAAAAAUUCUCUUAAUUCUUGAUGAUGUGAAUCAAUUGAAGCAAUUAGACAAUUUGGCUGGUGUUGGUUGGUUUGGUGAGGGAAGUAGAGUCAUUACAACUACACAAGAUCGCGGAUUGCUAAAAUGUCAUGGAAUUGAUUUGAUAUACGAGGUGCAAAAGUUAUAUGGCAACCAAGCUCUUGAGCUUUUUAGUUUCUGUGCCUUCGGAACCAACAAACCUCCAAAGGAUUAUUUGGAACUCGCACAACGUGCACUAGAGUAUGCUCAAGGCGUUCCACUAGCUCUAACAAUUUUAGGUUCUCAUCUUCAUAAUAAAGACAAAGAUCGUUGGCAAGAUAUAUUAGAUAGUUAUGAAGGAGAACCAUAUACAGGUAUUCAAAAAAUACUUCAAAAAAGUUAUGAUGCCUUGGAAAAUUUCAUGCAACAAUUUUUUCUAGACAUCGCAUGUUUCUUCAAGGGUAAAAAGAAGGACUAUGUUCUACAAAUAGUAAGCAAUUCUAAGAACAAGGUCUCCCGAGAUUGUAUUGAAGUACUCAUUGAGAAGGCAAUGAUAACUAUUGACUGUGGUACGAUUCAGAUGCAUGACUUACUAGAAAAACUGGGCAAGGAUAUAGUUCACAAAGAAUCCCCCAAUGAUCCCGGCAAGCGUAGUAGAUUGUGGUUUUACGAGGAUGUUGAACAAGUUCUAACGGAAAAUACAGGAACAAGAAAUAUUAAAGGCAUCAUUGUGAAGCUUCCAGAACCAGCAGAGAUAACCUUGAAUCCAGAAUGCUUCUGUAAUAUGGUAAAUCUUGAAAUUUUCAUAAACCGUAAUGCAUCUCUAUGUGGGCACAUUAACUAUCUGCCCAACGCGUUAAGAUUGAUUGAUUGGGAUAGAUGUCAGUUACAAUCUUUGCCACCCAAUUUUCAAGGAAAUCGUCUUGUUGAGUUCAAUAUGCCACGCAGUCGUAUCAGACAAUUGGACAGAUUUAACUUUAAGCAUUUGUCAAAGUUGACAUCUAUGAAUUUGAGGGGUUGUCAAUUCUUAGAAAAAAUCCCUGACUUAUCCGGAAUACCAAAUAUAAAGUACUUGAAUCUACGCGAGUGCACACUUUUGUUUGAGGUCGAUGGUUCUAUUGGAUUCCUUGAUAAACUUGUUGAAUUGGAUCUUGGUGGAUGUUUCAAUCUUACAAGGUUUGGAACAAGACUUAGAUUGAAAUCUCUUAAAAAACUUUAUCUUAAUAUCUUAGAAAAAAUCGUUGACUUAUCUGGAAUCCCAAAUUUGAAGUACUUGAAUCUAAGUGAGUGUAAACGUUUGGUUGAGGUCGAUAGUUCUGUUGGAUUCCUUGAUAAACUUGUUGAAUUGGAUCUCAGAGAAUGCUUUCAGCUUACAAGGUUUGGAACAAGACUUAGAUUGAAAUCCUUAGAAAGACUUUAUCUGUGUGAUUGUAAAAGGCUUGAGAGUUUCCCAGAAAUAGAAGUCGAGAUGGAAUCACUAAGGAUUUUGUACAUAUCAGGAAGUGGCAUAAGAGAAUUGCCUUCAUCAAUUGCAUAUCUUACUGGGCUUUCUCACUUGUUCGCUGCAUAUUGUGAGAACCUUGCAAUUACGUUCAACUCUCAAGUUUCAUCCAGCAACUCCGAAUUACAGCUGCUUCCCAACCUAUUUCAAUUUAAUCUCACAGGAUGCAAUCUAUCAAAACUUGAUUUACUCCUGCACCUUGAUUGCUGGUCCACAUUAACAGAACUUGAUCUAUCGGGAAACAAUUUUGUCAAUCUUCCGAGAUGCUUUAGCGAAUUUGUCAACUUGCGGAAUCUUGACUUGAGUUAUUGCCAAAGUCUUCUGGAAAUUCCAGAACAAGUGCUUCCACCAGGAGUAGAAUCCGUAUCGCUGUAUAACUGCACAUCAUUAGAAAAAAUUCCAAAACUGGCUUGGGUAUUGCUAGAUAACUGCACAUCAUUGGAGAAAAUUCCAGAACUCCCACGGAAGGAUGACAAUAUGUAUCUGAGUUUGAUCAACUGCGUUAGACUACACGGCUACGACAUCACAGAAAAUAUUUUUCUGAAUCAGGUUUCGGUUUCUUCUUCGCAUUCUCAUUUCGACAUUCGUCUUCCAGGCGAUGAAGUUCCAAAGUGGUUCAGCUGUCGUAAAGAUGCAACAAUAGUUAGACCUUAUUUGGUUACAAGUCCUGGAACAAAGAAAUACAAUGCUGGAUGUGAAGUUAGUUUUGAAAUUCCCCCAAAUUUGAAAUGGGAGACGUUAAGAUUGGUUCUAUGUGUUGUUACUCAAGCUGAUGCCAAGAUUCUUCUCAAUGGAAAACUCGUCAAUGAGAGACAUAUUGCAUCAUGGGAAAGUCAUGUGCAACUCACGUCUAUUCCAUUAUUGGAUAGGCACGCGUACGAGUUUGAAGAACCACUGACGAAGCAGGGUAAUACGUGUCAAGUUAUAUUUGACUUGUUUGUCAAAGUGCCCACACCUGUUAAAAUUCCCUGCGGGGUCCACCUACUAGGCCACCAGGUUGCUGAUGUCAGUGAGACUGAUGUUGUUGAUCAUGGGCCAACGCAGUUGUUGUUACCUGAUGCGAUGGCAGUGGACGAUGAUACUUUAUGAUGAUCAACACCAUGACUGCGAAUUCCUUUCCUUGUCUUUAGCGUCAAAGACUAGUCUUGGCAAGAGGCCUCGCCAAUCAAAUUACAUGGCACUUCACGAUGAUCAUCAUGCUAACGUCGUCGAGAUUGGUGAUCAUGAAGCUCAAUGGCUUACCUUGUUUACGGGACCAGCGGAUCACCAAAAGAGGAGGCACAUUGAUCCUAAUAAGGAGGCAAAGCAUCCAAAUAUUUCCAACAUAUUUCUGUUGAAAGAUUAUGUCUCAUUAUACUAGUGAUGUUGCUGGUAUUGGCAAGGUACAAGAAUCCCAGCAUGUCUAAAUGAUGUGAAGUUGCUGCAACUCAACUGCAGGAUUUUUGAUAAUCUUGCAAAAGGCACGAAAUGGGAUUUGGAACAAUUGAAACUGCAAGAUGAAAAGUUUGACGGGCAAUGAUAGUGUCAUCCAUAUUUUGUAGUUUUCGAACUCCUGUCUAGAUUGCGAAUGGAUUUUGGUUCUUUGAAUACCAGUUGUUGUUUGAACAGCCCUGGUAGAGCUAACAUCUCCAAUGGCUCCAUUUACCCAAAAAGAAUUUGGCUUUACAAACUAGGAAAAAAGGGGCAGGAAUUACAACUUUAUUCUUUGUUCACGGAAGCGCAUUAUUAUUGUCAUUGCA